UCCUUGACCAUUAAACAGAAACAAAACAAAACCAGCCAUAUUUUUUUCUGCUACAAAAUUUCAUCGCACCAUCUGGGAUUAUAGCUAUUGGACGAAAAUUAUAUUCAAAUCUAUUACAGACACUUAAAAGAUCUGCCUGCAAAGGGAUUUGAUUUCGUUGUAAUUUGAAGUAUAUAUCUGAAAAUGUCAAAACCACCGAAUGAUAAUCUUACAACCUACAAGUUGGUUGUAGUAGGAGAUGGAGGUGUUGGAAAGUCCGCUUUAACCAUUCAAUUCUUUCAAAAAAUGUUUGUUACUGAUUAUGACCCUACAAUCGAAGAUUCUUACAUACAGCACACUGAAGUAGAUGGGCAGUGGUGCAUCUUAGACGUGUUGGAUACUGCAGGUCAAGAAGAAUUUAGUGCCAUGAGAGAACAGUAUAUGCGAAAAGGAGAUGGCUUUUUGCUUGUAUAUUCUGUUACUGACAAACAAAGUUUUGAAAAUAUACGCCACUUUCAUACUCAAAUUCUACGUGUUAAAGACAGAGAUUCUUAUCCAAUGUUGCUUGUUGCAAAUAAAGUCGAUUUGGUACAUUUACGAAAAGUACCUGAAGAACAGGGGAAAGAAUUGGCUGCUUGUUUGAAAAUACCAUAUAUUGAAACUAGUGCUAAAGAUCCUCCUUUGAAUGUUGAUGCUGCUUUUCAUGAAGUGGUUAAGAUAAUAAGAAAUCAACCACCUUUACAAGAUAAAAGACGCCGAAGAUUUUGGUUUCGAAGAGAUAACCGAUGUGUCAUCAUUUAAUUUUGCACUUUCUAAAAUGUUCUGGGAAAAAAAUAUAUUUGCAUUUACAUUGCUAAAUUGUUAGAUGCUUGUCUAAAAAUUUUCCAUAAAACAUGUUGUGAUAGGUGCCAUUGGCUCAAGCUUUAUUCUUGCAACAUUUUCCCUAAUGUUGUAAGAAUAUCAUUCAUUGAUAAAAAAAAUUAUAUUUCUUUAUCUUCUAUUUUAUAAAUUUCCCUUAAAAAUUUUUUAAUUAAAAUUAACGGAGAUAUUUUUUCUUAGUAAAGUAUUUUAGUGAUUAACUCAUUUUCUAUACUCUAGUCACUCUUAUUUUGAUACUAUUGUUCCUUUUAUUGCAUUAAUACAUGUGUUCUCUUAAUAUGUGCAAAUUUGUAUAUAUCAACUAAUUUUUAACUGUUGUAAAUCCUUUGGAAAUAACCUAUGGAUGUUGUACUAUUUAUAGUGUUGUUUUUGUGUCAUAUUGCUUUUCAAGCAUAUUUUUUAUGCAUAAACUAAUUGUGUAAAAAUAUAUAUAUAUGUUUGAUUUGUUGUUUUUUACUGCUUAAACUGGAAGCAGUUAACAAACUAGCUUUAAUUUUUUGUGAUUAAGAAAUAAAAGAAAAUGUUAUUUUUAAAGGUAGCAUUUUUGUUACUUUUCAUUAGUUUAACAGCAGUUACUGACAAACUAUAUAAAUAUAUUAGGUAGGUGCAAAAUAUCUAUUUCUAAUAAAAACUUAACUAUGCCAAUCCACAAAAUCUAGACAGAUAUUCUAUGUAUAGAAACCUUUUCUUAAGGCCACAUACUUUGCAAUGAAAGGGUUUUUAUACUAGACACAUUUAGUAAUUCCUGUUAAUGGAAAAGUGGCACAUUUGACUCAUAUUUUUUUUAGCUGCUGUUGGACUAAUGGAAAAAUACCACUUUUUUCUUUAAUUCUUUUUGCAUUUAAAAAGGUUUAAACCUUGACAAAGAGCUUACUUAUACUCCUUUUCUGGGAUUAUUAUAAAGAAAUUAAUUAACAGCACAAUAUCUUUAGUGUGCUAACUUUAAUUAAGCAAAAUGUUGGUUUGUUGCCACUUUUGCAGCCAAAGAAUUUUGAGAUACAGUUGUGGUCUGUUAAAAUAGACUUUGAGACUAUCUAUUUCAGCAUUUUAAUAAAUGAUUUCUUUUUUAGCACUUCAUACAUAAAUUUUUUUCAUAAGGCAUAUUUUUUUAUAUGUUCUACAUUAUAAGGAUUUGUACUACGUUAUUCUUAAAUAAAAUUUAAAUCUUGAUGAAUUUUCUGAAAUUUUGUUCAGUUUAGAUCAAUUUAAUUUAAAAACCUUUCUGAUUUCAAUUUUCCAUUCAUUUAUUAAUUAGAGAACCCAAAUGUAUGAAGUUAGUAAAUAAAUUUUCUGUAAUCAGAAAUUGAAAUCUGGUGUUUUUAAAUUCUAAAGAAAUUUUAAUAAAGUAUUCAAUAGAUAACUGUUGAACUGAUUAGGAUGUUUAACAAUAUGUUUAUUGUACAAAUUUUGUGGAAGACUGUUCGAGAUAUAUAAAAUAAUGUCAUAUUUCCCAAAUCAAAGAAAGCAAGUCAUGGUGGCUACUAAGGUUGUGUUGGCUUUAUAGGUUUUUCAAUGAACAAUUCCUAGAGUAUUCAGAGUCAAAUAUAUUUUAUCCAUUUGAUAUGAAAGGUAUUCUAAAUUUCAGUAACAAUUACUUUUGUUUCAUGUUCAUAUGUUUCAAUUUAUUUUCUGAAAUAAGAUCUAUCGAUUUUAAAGAUAAUAUUUGUAAAUGUUUUCAGUACUUUCUCAGAUUUAUAUCAUGUCAUAUGUCAUUGCUUCUUAAAUUUAAAUUUUUGAAAAUAUUUUUUGUAUUUUAAAAAUUUCAAAUGAAAUAACCAGUCUAUGGACAAAACCAUUUUUAAAAAAAUGCAUAACUAACACUUUAUAUAUUUGAAAAAUAACCUUUUUCUUUGAAGUACUGGAAUAUCAAUGUAACAUUAAAUAUUCCUUAUAUUUAUAAGAAAUUAUAAUCAUAAAAGUAUUUGUUCUACAUAGGAUAACAAUAUGAAUUUUAAUUAGGUUUAAAAUAUUAUUGUAAAUUGAAAAAUAGAGUUCUAAUAAUUAGGCAAUUUGUAAAAAUGUUAUGACAUGGCAGCAGUUCCGCUUUAUAUGUUUUUUAAAAAUGAAACAGAUUUCUUGGGAUGUUAUCUAUCAGUAGUGAAAUAAAAAAUAAUUCUUUAUUUUAUUGUUUUUUGUUUUUUUUUGAUGUUAUGAAGCUUAAAUAGCUACUAAUAUGUAUCGGAGUAAAAGAAUCGAAUAUUUUGUCCAUACAUAUAAAUCUAACUACCUUGAGAGGAGGGGAUUUAGGGAAUGUUUGAAUAUAAAAGAUUUUGAAAUGUCUGCUUUUAUCUUUUAUUGUAUAUUUGUGUUUAAAUAAAUAUUUUUUCUUUGUUCAAAAUAUAAUUUUAUAUUUGUUUAAAUUUUAGACAUAAAAACUGAAAUGCUACAUGUGUCUUGGAAAUAUAAAAUUUUUAUCAGUUAUUAUUGAAUAUAACAAAAAUUUUUAUUAAUAUAUAAAACUGUUUUAAACUAAAGAUUUUCUGAUUGUUUCAAACAUUAAUUGUAAAAGUUAUGAAAGAAAUGUACAAAUGUAAAAAAUAUAUGUUUUGUGGUUUAAUAGUUUUAAAAUAUUUUUUUCAAAACCAAUUAUGUAAAUAGAAGUAAUGUUCGUGUUUUGUAAGUGAUGGUAUACAAAUGAUUCUGCCUAAUAGUUUGUCUAUUUAUAUUAGAAAUUGAUUUUAAUCAAUUGUCUCAUUACAUUUUUUGAAUAUUUUUAAGUAGAAUUUUAAUGUUUGUUUGUUUUCAUUUUGAUUUU